CGAGAACCGUGGGUGGAGCAACCGAAAACCGCCUUCUCGGCCUUCUCUUGCCAUGGCCUGGUUUUCGUGGGUUGCUUUGCUGGUGGUGGUGGCGGGAGCAGCUCUGGCGGCCUAUUGUGCCAUGCAGUUCACCACGAUGCCCAUCCUCUUCUUUGGACACAUCGCCGCGAUGCUGCUCUGCUGGUGGUUGAUGACCAGUGGUUCCGUCAUCUAUGCCGUGGCGAAGCUGUGGUCCGGGAGCAGAGAUUCGGCGCGGACGUUUCAUGCUGCGAUCCAAAGCGCCGCCGUCCUGGCCGCAGUGGCUGGAUACGUGUGCAUCUUUAGCAAUCACCGACUUGUAGGUGGUUCACAAUUUGGCUUUGAUCCGGGCAAUCCUCCAGCUAAGACGCUUCAUGCCUUGUUUGGCUACAUUGUCCUGAGCCUGAUACUCUUGCAGGCUUUUCAGGGCUGGAGCAAGUUCAUGGGAUUGCAGACGGGGAAGCUCCGCUUUUCACGGCCGCGUGACCAGCUUCGCAGCCACCCGGACUCGAGCGCUCGAGCCUGGCUUUCCACUCGGCCGAGGCUUGCAACAUGGCCUUGAUUCUCACCACCUUCCCUUUCACAGAGGCCUUGUUUGUGACCCUGGCGGGUGGCUUCCUGCUGCUGACGUUCCUUGCUGUGGUGAUUGCUGGACCCGCAGGGAAGUCCGUGGCAUCAGCAAGGCCGAAGCAAAGAGUGACACGGCCUUGCUUGAUGGCUGACUUUAAUUGAGAGAACAUAGAUUUAGUGGCUGGAAGAAUGUUGUAUAUAGGAUGCUAUUGGGUUGGAGCCCAUCGCAAGUCGGUUGGAGGCCAUCGCUACUAGUAACAAGAAUAGAUUUGGUGGCUGGAAGAUAUUUGAUCGCGUGCCGCGACCAAUCCCUCAAGAGCUUAAGGCAAGGGAAUGCAGACACGCUUGCCCAAAGGUUUGGUUCACAUGAAAUCUACCAUUGGGCAGGACAAA